CAUUCCUGUUCAUUAAAACAUUUUGUAAAAAUUAAUUACUAUUUUUGACAACAUCAUAUAAAAUUAGACUGGGUUUUUUUCCUAUAAAUGCAUAUUUUGAAAUAUUUUCCAUUUUUAUGCCAUAAUAUAAAAUAAAAAAUAUAAAAUUUAGCUUUUAAAAUUAUUGUGUAAUUCAAAAAGCCUGUCAAAAUGCUUGAAAGUAACAAAGACGAGGCUGAUCGUUGUAUUGAAAUCGCUGAAAUAAAUAUAAAAUUCGGGAAUCGUGAAAAAGCUGAAAAAUUUUUACAUAAAGCUGAACGACUUUAUCCAUCUACUAAAGCUAAAGAAUUAUUAAUUAAGAUAUCUAGCAUGAAAGAUCAUGCAAAAGAAAGUCCACAAGUUCGUCGACGACAACCUGCAGCGGCUAAAGCGGAAUCAACACCAGUGGAAUUUACACCUGAUCAAUUAGAAGCUGUAAAACGAAUUAAGAGUUGUAAAGACUACUAUGAAAUUUUAGAAGUGACCAAGGAUGCAACUGAUUCAGUUAUAAAAAAAUCUUAUAAAAAAUUAGCAUUACAGUUACAUCCGGAUAAAAAUAAAGCGCCUGGUGCGGCAGAAGCUUUUAAAGCUAUAGGAAAUGCUGUAGCCGUUCUAACAGAUCCAGAAAAACGUAAACAAUAUGAUCUAUUUGGUAGUGAAGCAAGCAACAUGCCAAAUCGUGCAUCCUCUCAAUCCGCUAGUCAACAUUAUAGUCGUGGCUUCGAGGCUGAUAUCACCGCCGAAGAAUUAUUUAACAUGUUCUUUGGUGGUGGUUUUCCACAACAAAAUGUUUACGUACGUCGUGGUGGACGAUGGGCACGAUCUGGUGAAACAAACACAUCACAAUCACGUCAUGAACAACAAAAUGGUUACACAGCUUUUGUACAAAUGUUACCAAUAUUAAUAUUAAUUAUUUUAAGUAUGAUGUCUAGUUUAUUUAUUUCGGAUCCAGUCUACAGUCUUCAUGCCACUCAAAAAUUCAUAGUCCAAAGGCAUACGGAACAUUUACAUAUACCAUAUUAUGUGAAGGAAACAUUUCAUAAUGAAUAUCAAGGUUCAUUGAAACGUUUAGAAGCUACAAUUGAAGAGGAAUUUAUAACAAAUUUACGACAUGCUUGUCAUCGAGAGCGAAAUUAUCGUGAGACGAUGAUAUGGAAAGCACGAAAUUUCGGUGAUGAAGAACUAUUCAAAAAGGCGCAAUCGAUAGCAACACCAUCAUGUGCUACUUUAAAUGAACUACGACCUCAUCAUCGUUAAUUAAUUACAAAUUAAAAUAAUUAAAUAAAAACAAUC